CCCUCGCGCGGCGGCUGGUGUGAGCCCCGCGACAGGACGUGCUGACGUCAGCGUACGUCGGCGUCGGCCCAGCUGGGGCGAGGGGUUUCGGGAACGCCCGGGGCUAAGGGGAGCUGGUGGAUCCCGGCCUCACUCUGGGUAGGUGCCGCUGCUCCCUCGGUGUGCGGAGGCCUGCGGGCGGCUGCCCCAAUUUCGUGUCCGCUGCCCCAGCGCCUCGAUUUACAGCUCUGAAGAGUCUUCCUCUCUCCCAUUUUCCCCCUCUGCAGAAAUAAACCCCAUUGUGGAGACCCCAAAACUUUAUAAAGGAUUAUAGUUUGAAGUGUAAUUUUGUUUUUAGAAAGAAGCUUAGUAAAUUACUGGUACAUUAUGUGUAUGCAAUAGUUCUGUUGGUAAUAUUUUUUUAGACAUUAAUGAUAGCAGAAGAAAGAUACGUCCUUUGAUAAAUUGAUUCUGAAUUACAACAUGACCAGUAUUAUAACUGAACGGUCCUUAAAUGAAGAGCAGGUUAUUUAAUUAUUAAAAUGCUGUGGAAAUUUUAUGGUUAACUGGUUUAUGGAAAAAAAAAACCUUAGUUGAUCAGGUGUAAUUGAUACAAUUAAGAAGAAACAAUAUAAUGAUAACUUCGGGAAUUGGAAACAGAUUAGUUAGUUUUAAACAGAUAAAGAGUUAACAAUUUGUAAGCCCUAAGCAAAAUUCAUUUGAUAUCACAUAAAUUCAAUAAAGCUGGACUUCGUCAAAAGUUAACUGAAGCUAAUGUAACUUAGUUAAGUAAAUACUUUGAUGAUAAACCAUGUGGAAUUAGAUAGUAUGAGCAGUUACUUUUGUUUGUUAGAGUAAAAUGAGGUUAAUUUGGAUAUUAUAUCAAAUUGUUCAUAAGGAAAAAAAGCCUGCAUUAUAACCUUAUUCUAAUGACAUAACCAGUAAUUGGUCUGAUAUUCAGACUUCAUAGCUUAUAACCAAAAGCACAUUAAAGGCAUAAUUUAAGGAUUCUAUAGUUACCUAGAAUUUUAAGAAUAUAAACUUUUGGGUUGAGGAUUUAGCUCAGUGGUUUUGGCGCCUGCCUUGCAAGCACAAGGUCCCGAGUUCUAUUCCCAGUACCAAAAAAAAAAAAGAAACUUUUUUGAAAAGCCCAAGAGUUUUAAUGUGUUCAAAACUGUAUAAAAUUUUUCAGGUCUUUAGGUUAGUGAUUACACCAAAUUAUGAGUAAAUAGCAUUUGGAUUACCUAAAAGAGUUAAUCAUCCCACAGAGUACUAAAUAGAAUCUUGGUAAUUUAGGAAGAGCGAUUCAUCAUACCUGAGUGUACAGUUAUAUAUAAAUCCAGUAAAGAAGGUGUAGUGAAUUCUACAUAAGUAGGAGUCUGUCAUUUGAUCCUUUUUUUUUGUGGUAAAAAAAUCUAAUUUACUGCGAAGAGAUGAGAAAUUUAUGUGAAAAGUUUUAGCCAUCAAAAAAAGUCAUCACUCAUGCACAAAACUACCUUCCAAAGAGUUGUCCAAGGUCCCUCAUAUCAAAAAAUUAAGAAUAUAAUGGAAGAGAGCACCAUCUUGCCAAAUUGGACAAAUGACAGCAAGCAAAAAAUGAAAUAUGACUUUUCAUGUGAACUCUACAGAAUGUCUACAUAUUCCACUUUUCCCAGUGGUGUUCCUGUUUCAGAGAGGAGUCUUGCUCGUGCUGGUUUCUAUUACACUGGUGUGAAGGACAAAGUCAAAUGCUUCUGUUGUGGCCUGAUGCUGGAUAACUGGAAACAAGGAGACAAUCCUAUUGAAAAGCAUAAACAGCUAUACCCUAGCUGUAGCUUUAUUCAGAAUCUGAUUUCGGCUAGCCUGCAAUACACCUCUAAGAAUAACUCUGCAGUGAGAGACAGCCUGACACAUUCAUUAUCUCCUACUUUGGAACAUAGUGGCUCAUUCAGUGGUUUUUGUUCCAGCCUUUCUCCAAACCCUCUUAACUCCAGAGCAGUUGAGGACUUCUCUCCAGUGAGGACUAACCCCUACAGUUAUGCCAUGAGUACUGAAGAAGCCAGAUUUCUGACUUACAAAAUGUGGCCGUUAACCUUUUUGUCACCAUUAGACUUGGCAAGAGCUGGUUUUUAUUAUAUGGGACCUGGAGAUAGGGUCGCCUGCUUUGCCUGUGGUGGAAAGCUGAGUAACUGGGAGCCAAAGGAUGAUGCUAUGUCAGAACACCGGAGACAUUUUCCCAACUGCCCGUUUUUGGAAAAUUCUCUAGAAAUGCUGAGGUUUAGUAUUUCAAAUCUGAGCAUGCAGACACAUGCAGCUCGAAUGAGGACGUUUAUAUACUGGCCAUCUACUGUUCCAAUUCAGCCUGAGCAGCUUGCAAGUGCUGGUUUUUAUUAUGUUGGUCGCAAUGAUGAUGUCAAAUGCUUUUGUUGUGAUGGUGGUUUGAGGUGUUGGGAAUCUGGAGAUGAUCCAUGGGUAGAGCAUGCCAAGUGGUUUCCAAGGUGUGAAUUCUUGAUACGCAUGAAAGGGCAGGAGUUUGUUGACGAGAUUCAAGCUAGAUAUCCUCAUCUUCUUGAACAACUAUUGUCAACUUCAGACACUCCUGGAGAAGAAAAUAUUGAUCCACCAAUUGUACAUUUUGGACCUGGAGAAAGUUCUUCAGAAGAUGCCAUCAUGAUGAAUACCCCUGUGGUCAAAGCUGCUUUGGAAAUGGGUUUUAACAGAAGCCUGGUGAAGCAGACAGUUCAGAGUAAAAUCCUAACCACCGGAGAAAACUACAAAACAGUUAAUGAUAUUGUGUCAGCACUUCUUAAUGCUGAAGAUGAAAGAAGAGAAGAGGAGAAGGAAAGACAAGCUGAAGAAAUUGCUUCAGAUGACUUGUCGUUAAUUCGGAAGAAUAGAAUGGCUCUCUUUCAACGGUUGACAAGUGUCCUUCCUGUCCUGGAUAAUCUUUUAAAGGCCAAUGUAAUUAAUAAACAGGAACAUGAUAUUAUUAAACAAAAAACACAAAUACCUUUACAAGCAAGAGAACUGAUAGAUACCAUUUUAGUUAAAGGAAAUGCUGCGGCCAACAUCUUCAAAAACUGCCUAAAAGAAAUCGAUUCUACAUUAUAUGAGAACUUAUUUGUGGAAAAGAAUAUGAAGUAUAUUCCAACAGAAGAUGUUUCAGGCCUGUCAUUGGAAGAACAGUUGAGGAGGUUGCAAGAAGAAAGAACCUGUAAAGUGUGUAUGGACAAAGAAGUUUCUAUUGUAUUCAUUCCUUGCGGUCAUCUGGUAGUAUGCCAGGAAUGUGCCCCUUCCCUAAGAAAGUGCCCUAUUUGCAGGGGUAUAAUCAAGGGCACAGUUCGUACAUUUCUCUCGUGAAACAAAAUAGGUUAAAAUUGGCCUGUAUAGAAAAGUCUUUAUUGUUGAACAUUAGAAACCAUUUGUAACAAAAAAAGAAUUGUUGGUUCUUCACCUGUUAACAUUCAUGUUCUAGUCUGCUUUGGUUUUAAUAACCUUGUUUCAAAAAAGAUAGUAUUACAUAUUUAAUGUUUAGUUGCAGGGGAAGGUUUAUGUUUGAAAAGCUGAAUUAGUAUGUAUGUGUCAAUAUAAGAGUUAAACAUAGUGUGUUUGUUUGGAUCCUUUUUUGGAGUUAUAGAUUUGGUAUUAAUGAAAGUUUUUGAGAACUAAAUAAUGGUGUAGUUUUAAAGUAUAGUACUAGAAACCAGUAGCUCUGGUAUUUGUCAGAGUUGUGAUGCCACAUUCUUUUUUGGUGCUUUUUACUUAUAUUGUAAAAUAAGUACUAUCCUGGUAAACAAGAUUUCCCCUAAUUUGUGAGCAAUAUCUUAAUAAAGUAUGUUGAAAGGAACUGUGU